GACCUGUGGAAGUCACCAGGAGGCAGUCAAGGGGCUGUGGGGGUCACGGCGGCCGGUGUGGGGUUGAUGGAAGUCACCAAGGGCCAACGAGGGUGGUGCGAAUUACAAGGUCUACCCCGGAGGCCCGUGAGGGAGAUCACCAUCACGGGUGCACCAUCAGGGGUUCUUAGAGCUGGGGGGGUGUCACCAGAGAUCCCAGGGGAGGACCUGUCCACACAGGUGCCAGGCUGGACCUUACUCCAGCUUCUCCGGGAAGCACCGGCGGUGCCAAAGCGCGGUCACCGCGGGCCCGAGCCGCACAGGCCUUGGUGCUGGGAGAGGAGGACCCCUCUCCCCUAAACUCCCGAGAGCUGCACCCUAGUCGUGGCUGAGCCAGACAGUCCGGGUUGAGCCUCGCCCUGUUCCACGUUGGGGUGCUCAAUUUUGUCGCUCUUCCCGACGACAGACCUGUUGCCUGGAGAUUGCUAAGUGCGCGCUCGCGAGCUGCUGAUCCUCUGCUCCGGAUCUCUCCGUCCGGAGCCAUCAGCCCCAUCGGGAACAGCCCCGCGCUGAGGACUCGCGGUGUCCCUUCGCCCCUGGAAGCGUGGUCGUAUACUUUCCCAAACUCUCCCACUGGGGUCCCACCUGGCGGAAGCGGCGACACGGGGUUGCUAAGCCCGACAAGAGACUUAGGCGGGAGCCGCAACUCGCGCUUUCGGGGGACCCGGGCGCCGUGUCCUGGACAACGUGGGCACGUGGACAAUGGAGAGAGCGGGAGACCCGGGCGCAUCCCCAGCUCUUGCCCGGGGUGGAGGGAGCAUCUCCCGGGUCUUGCCAAACUAGCUCGUCCUCACUUUGACGGACUCGGAGACCUGGAGAGCAAGGGAGGGACUGGAGGACACUGGCGCGCCCCGGGGCCUGGCACUGAAUGAAUGCUUGCCUUGGCGCUCGCUUCUACCUUCGGGUACUCCAGCGACGAAAAGAUCCCGCGGGGGAGGAGGAUUCGACGCUGGGGGCGGCCACCGCAAGGAACCACGCUCGCCAGGCCAGACCUACACCCUCUCUCCCUGUCUCCUUGGCCCACCCGAGCAGAAAGCGCGCUGGGCUGCCCCUGGUUCCUGUUUCGCGCCUUUGCCGAAUCGCCGCUGAUGCCCACCAGAGGGCGCGCCAACACCGUUGCCUGCACUGGAUGGAGUCGCUCCGCAUCGGAGAGCGCCGGUCUCCGUAUCGUCUCAGCCAGGACUCUCAAAGUCUGGGAGGAACCGGGAAUCGGAGUGCCUGGUGAUUUGGGCAACCAGCUGGAGGCAAAGCUGGACAAGCCGAAGGUUGUGCAUUACCUGUGCUCCAAGAGGACGGACAGCUACUUCACACUCUGGCUGAACCUGGAACUGCUGCUGCCCGUCAUCAUUGACUGCUGGAUCGACAAUAUCAGGCUAAUUUACAACAACACAUCCCGGGCCACCCAGUUUCCUGAUGGCGUGGAUGUGCGUGUCCCUGGCUUUGGGAAGACCUUCUCAUUGGAGUUCUUGGAUCCCAGCAAGAGCAGCGUGGGUUCCUAUUUCCACACCAUGGUGGAGAGCCUUGUGGACUGGGGCUACACGCGGGGUGAGGACGUCCGAGGGGCCCCCUAUGACUGGCGCCGAGCCCCAAAUGAAAACGGGCCCUACUUCCUGGCCCUCCGAGAGAUGAUCGAGGAGAUGCACCAGCUGUAUGGGGGCCCUGUGGUGCUGGUUGCCCAUAGCAUGGGCAACAUGUACACGCUCUACUUUCUGCAGCGGCAACCGCAGGCCUGGAAGGACAAGUACAUCCGUGCCUUUGUGUCACUAGGCGCGCCCUGGGGGGGCGUGGCCAAGACCCUACGCGUCCUGGCCUCAGGAGACAACAACCGCAUCCCAGUCAUUGGGCCCCUGAAGAUCCGGGAGCAGCAGCGGUCUGCUGUCUCCACCAGCUGGCUGCUGCCCUACAACUAUACCUGGUCACCAAAAAAAGUGUUUGUGCACACACCAACAACCAACUACACAUUGCAGGACUAUCGUCGCUUCUUCCAGGACAUUGGCUUUGAAGAUGGCUGGCUCAUGCGGCAGGACACAGAGGGGCUGGUCGCCAUGGUGCCUCCUGGAGUGCCACUGCACUGCCUCUAUGGCACCGGUGUGCCCACGCCAGACUCCUUCUACUACGAGAGCUUCCCUGACCGUGACCCUAAAAUCUGCUUUGGCGAUGGCGAUGGCACUGUGAACUUGGAAAGUGCCCUGCAGUGCCUGACCUGGCUCGGCUCCCAGGAGCACCAAGUGUCUUUGCAGGAGCUGCCAGGCAGUGAGCACAUCGAGAUGCUGGCCAAUGCCACCACCCUGGCCUACCUGAAACGUGUUCUCCUUGGGCCUUGAUUGCUGUGCCAGGCAGGGACUCUGGAUGGCUUGGCCACGAGGCUUCUCUUGGCCUCUGGGGCUGUCAUGGCCAAAGUUUGUGACUGAUCAUGUGAGACUCUGGGUCUCAGGCUGUGAAACACCUGCCGUGGGGACGUGCUGUUUCUUAUCUUUCCUCUGUGGCAGUGAAGAAGGAAGAAGGAAGUGUGGACGUGAGGGACCACGGACGGGAAGAUUGCUGCUGAUGGAACUGUGACCUCAGGACUGGCCCAGCGGGGUGGAUUGGCUGGCAGCUGGCCCCAAUCCCCAGCCCCAGGGCCACACGUUGCUCCUACCCCUGUGGCCUUUUCACACUUGCCCACUGGGCCCUGGCCCCUCAGGCGACCCCUCCCGUGUGGUAGCCACAGGUUGGUCUGCCACUGGCCAUGGGUGGCUGGAGCUGCUGGCUUCCCUGUGGCCUGGCUGGUAGUCCUCCUAACCAUGGCUUUCUGGCGACAGCCUAAAGCCCCCUGCAGGCAGGGGCAGUUUGUGUUCUCCACAGUCCUGGGGCAGUCACUCUAUUCCUCCUACCUCCCUCAUGUCGAAGAGUAGCCUAGCCGUGGAUUGGGCAGCAGAGGGGCCUCCAGUUCUCCAGGCUGCAUCAUGGGAACUGUGCUCCUGGUUAUAUGUUGGCCGCAGUAUUGAAGCUGGCUCCCUUCACCUGGGACUGUAGUUCAAGGAUGAGAGCAGGGUCCAGUGCCAUGGCCAUCCAGGUCCUGAUGGAGAAAGGGAGUUCAAGGAAGCAUCCAAGGCUGUGAAGAGCUGCCCUCUUGCUAACCCCACCACCACAUUGCUGCUCUGCCCAGGGUUUCUCUAGCACCCAGCGGGGCUGGCACAGGGCUGAGAGGUGGUGAGGCACCUGCUCCCACCAGGCGGUGGGGUGGUAUUUUGUCUGCAGGGACCAGCCCAGGGUCCCCUGAGAGAGCAGGGGUUUUCUGUUUGCUCCAGGGAUGCUGCACAGCUCUCUCUGUGAUAGCUGGGAUGGAGAACAUGGCGCUGCCUGUGGGUCGUGGGCUCCUGGUGGCAGCUGGCCAGGAUUUGGGUCAAUCCUACACGUCAGGUUCCCAAAGCCACAUUCAGGCUAGACUGUGCUGUUCUCCCACAAGAUUGCUGUGGAGCUGGAUUUUCCCUGUUGCCUACACACCCAACAUCUGUCCCCCCCCCCUUUAUUCCUGAGUGGGGGCCCCCCAUGGGGCUCUAAGUAGGCUGUACCUUGAUUCUGGCAAUAAAAGUAUUCUGGAUGCUGUAAGGUA